AUGAAACUCUCCCUCGCCCUCGCCGCCCUAUCGCUGGGCCGCAGCUUCGUCGAUGCCUUUCCUUCGUUCCACAACGCCCGCAAUCUCGACGGUCUGACGCCCGAGCAACUGCGCGCCGCCGUCCGCUCCGUCCACGACUACCAAAAGACCAAGCGCCUCGUCGUCGACUUCACCCAGCCCAUCGACAUCACGGGUAAACAUGCCUUUGCCGAAGCUCGUGCUACUGACAUGCGCGGCCCUUGCCCGGGUCUUAACGCGCUGGCCAACCAUGGCUAUAUUUCUCGCAAUGGCAUCACCAGUUUUGCCGAAGUCGUGACUGCCAUUAACCAAGUCCUGGGCAUGGGCCUGGAACUCGCCCUCAUCCUGGGCGUAAUGGGCACCGUAUGGACAGGCAACCCGCUGUCAGCGAACCCCGGAUUCUCCAUUGGUGCGCCACCAACUGGCGGUGCCGGGCAAAACAUUUUGGGCAAUCUUGGCGGUCUACUGGGCAAACCACGAGGACUGUCGGGAUCCCACAACUGGAUCGAGUCGGAUUCGUCGCUGACCCGCGAUGACCUGUACAUGACUGGCGAUGCCUUCACCAUGAACAUGACCUUGUUCCUUGACUUUUACAACCGCGCCGAUGAGAACGGCGUCUUGUCCAUGGACCUUCUGGGCGACCAGGCUGCCCGCCGCUGGGCCUACAGCGUCGCCCACAACCCAGUCUUCUACUACGGCCCUGUCACGGGCAUGGUCAGCCGUAAUGCCGGAUACUUCUUCCUUGGCCGUCUCCUCGCCAACCACACUGCCGAGCACCCCGAAGGCCUCCUCACGCAAAACGUCUUCCGCAGCUUCUUUGGCGUCUACGAAAAGUCGGAUGGAUCGCUCGAGUAUCGCAAGGGCCACGAAACCAUCCCCGCAAACUGGUACCGCACGCCCGUCGAAUACGGCCUUGUCUCGCUCAACAUUGACACGGUCGGCUGGGUCAUGAAGCACCCGGAGCUGGGCAGCGUUGGCGGCAACACGGGCAAAGUCAACACCUUCACCGGUCUAGAUCUCCACGACAUCACGGGCGGCGUGCUCAACUCGGCCACACUCCUCGAGAAGAACAACCUGCUCUGCUUCUCGUUCCAGGUCCUCAAGACGUUCCUCCCCAACUCGCUCUCCAGCCUACUCGCCACCAUCCAGGGCCCCAUUGACCUCGUCACAAACACCCUUGCCGCCCCGAUCCUCAGCCUCGACUGCCCCGCCUGGAAGGAUCUGACGACUGGCGGUGAGCCCCUUUGGGAUGCCAUCCAGCAGAAAUUCCCGGGUGCCGCACGCUCUGGAUCCAGUCUUUAGGUAUACAAGUGUAGUGUAGUAGUUGGUUGAAGCCUGUUUUGGUUGACUUGUCAACUAGUUGACUAAUUAAUUCAUAAUCUCG